AAUUGAAACCAACCCUAAGCUCCUUUUAUCUCCACUCUAAAGUAGCCCCGAUUAUUGCUGAUUUAAGCAUCGGAGUGUCUACCUCGAGGUCCGCCUCAGGGCUUUGUAGACAUGGCAGAUCAGCUUCUUGGUUUCUUGUUCCUCAUCACCAUUGAUUUCAAACCCAGAUCUUUUCUUACUUCUCCAAAGAAUGUGACUUUCGAUUUCCAAUCCUUCACUCUCUGCAACUUGACCUUCCUUAGUGACUUCCUUCUCCAAAAAGACAUUGUCAGCCUCACCCAAGAACUUGGUGUUCCCUUUUCAAGCUUUGACACCGUGAUUUACAACUACCCAAUUCCAUUUUUUGAUAAAGAAUCUAAUACCAAGGCUUCUUUCCACACAAGAUUCUCUUUCUUGAUCAAGAACUUUGAAUCCGAGUUCUUUUGGUGAUGCGUUGGCAUUUUUCCUUCCUCUGAAUAACUGGAUAUGGAUUCCGUGGCAUGGAGUAAUCGUCACACAAUGAACCAAACCCAGAUUGAGUUUCUUUUCGUGCCACCAUUCUUUUCCCAUUUUGAUGUCAUUUUUGGUGCUUUUUUUUCUUUUCAAUUUGUUCUUCUUUCUUUGCUAGAUGCCUUGAACUUGGCAAGGGAAGCACCAUGGGGCCUUGAUUCUUGGCAAUGAUAAAGAGGAGGCAAUGAUGCCUCUUGUUCUAAUGCUGUAUGUCUGAUAAAAAUUGAGUUGGGUUUGUUUUGUUCAUGAGUGGAUUUGUGGAGUUAUAGCUUAUUUUUAAUUAAUAUGUUUUCUUUUU